ACUGGGGCCAAAAUUGCCCUGCGCAGGUCAGGUGCAGGACUGGAAAAACACACACACAGGGACAGAAAAAAUCCAGAUCAACCAGAAUGCUUCAGAGUGUCAGAGCUUCAGUUCCGGAGUAAAGAGGCGAUGAGCAGUUGGGAGACUGGGGCGACUCAGCUGUUACAACAUCGCCGCGCUGGGCAGGGCAAAGCUGAGAUCGACGUCCCACGCCACGAACUGCACUGACUUUCUGCCAACUGUUAUCUCCUCUGCAACCCCCUCCUGAAGCGAGAGAGAGAGAGACACAGAGAGGGGGGGUUGAGAGAAAGGCAAAAAAAAACCCUCCCCCCCCCCCCCCCCCUUUGCCAAUCCAGACAUGCUCCAGAAUGACACUAAAAGGCAACCAGUUUGCUGCCCCUAUCUGGAGCAAAACCUGGAGUCCUUGAAAAGUCCUGAGGUCAACAGCGGCGAUGGGUCCACCUCCUCCUCCUCCUCCUCCCAGCUCGACUGCCCGCCUGCCCCGGCCAGCUUGGUUCUGCAAGAGCAAGGAGGCAGCACUUCGACACUUAACGCUCUGGGAUGGUCCACUAGCCAGUCCGGUGAGGAAAGCCUUCUCCAGCAAGGAGUCCUGCCGACUGCCAUGUUGCUACCCAAAAUGGUGCACCUGGGGCCCCUCUUUGGAGGGACUUUCCCCUCGGUGCAGCAGAUGGGGCUGGCGCAGCAGCACAGGAGAUCGCCUCUAGGGCACCACCCUCACCAAGGCACCAACACCACCACCUCCGCCUCCCAAAGGAAUAGCUACAGCCUGCAGCAGCAGCAGCAGACCUUCAGGGCUCUGAACUGGGGCAGCCAUCAACAGCAGACCGGAGGAGGGAGUGGCGGCUGGGGCAGUGUCAGCAAUAACUGCGGGAGGGGACUGAGAAGGUCAGCCGGAGUAAUGGGCAUCUCGAACUCCAUUCCUUCCUGCUCCUCCAAGAGGUCCUAUUCCAGUCACAUGAUGGUGCCUCCAAAACUGAACAGGGGCCGCCCGGCAUUCGCUUCGAAACCGUGGAUGGAAGAGAACCCGUUGAGGACAGAUGGCAACAGCAACUGGCUGCCUCACCAUCAGGAAUGGACGCACCCAUACGACACGUUCAACAUGCACUCACUGGAGAACUCCCUGAUUGACAUCUUACAGAACGAGCAGGAACCUCUCAAGGGUCGAUCGGCUUUGUUCCCUGUUGAAGAUGGAUUCCUUGACAACAGCCAGGGUGAUCAAUCUUUAUCUUCAGGCUUGAACUCCCCGGCUCUCAGCCAGAAUGGGAAAUCAGGAGAGCGAUAUUCCCGAAAGGUUUUUGUUGGCGGUUUGCCACCUGAUAUUGAUGAAGAUGAGAUAAUUGCUACUUUCUGCUGUUUUGGACAGCUCAUGGUAGACUGGCCUCACAAGUCUGGAAGUAAAUCCUAUUUUCCACCCAAAGGUUACGCCUUCCUGUUGUUUCAGGAGGAGUGUUCGGUUCAGGUUCUGAUUGAUGCCUGCUUUCAGGAUGAUGGUAAACUCUAUUUGUGCGUCUCUAGCCGCACAGUCAAGGACAAGCCGGUACAGAUCAGACCCUGGAGUCUGAGUGAUAGUGACUUUGUGCUGGAUGGCUCGCAGCCUCUAGAUCCCAGGAAAACUGUCUUUGUGGGAGGUGUACCAAGACCCCUAAAGGCUGUGGAGCUGGCCAUGAUAAUGGACCAACUGUACGGAGGAGUUUGCUAUGCUGGCAUUGACACCGAUCCUGAGCUGAAAUACCCGAAAGGAGCAGGCAGGGUGGCAUUUGCCAAUCAACAGAGCUACAUUGCGGCAAUCAGUGCUCGCUUCAUCCAGCUACAGCAUCGGGACAUCGACAAACGGGUGGAGGUGAAGCCCUACGUCUUGGUGGACCAGCUGUGCGAUGAGUGCCAGGGCGCCCACUGCAACGGCAAGUUUGCCCCUUUCUUCUGCGCCAACAUCACAUGCCUGCAGUACUACUGUGACUACUGCUGGACGAGCAUCCAUUCCCAGGCUGGUCGUGAAUACCACAAGCCACUGGUGAAGGAGGGCGGGGAGAGGCUGCGACAGCUCCCGUUCCACUGGAGCUGAACGUGGCCCGUCUCCUGUCUCCCACUCCCCCACAACCUCCUCACCCACACCCCACCCACCCCUUUUUGGGAAAGGAGGGCACCAAUUUGUGGGACCCGCCAAUCAAUAUUUAGUGGCUACUUGUUAACCUGCCGUUCCUUUAUCUAGAAGUGUUUGAGCACAGAAUUUCCAACCCAGUAUAUAUUUGUUUUUUUUCAAACAAAAGAAACAAAUCUGGCUUUGCCUGUUCACUCAUUUUGUUAGUGCAGAUGUAUAAAAAUGAAGGUGUAAUAGUGUUUUUUUUUGCAGUCCUCCACCUAUCAAAUUGUUUUCAUCUUUUUAUUUUGGGGCGAGUGGGGGUGGGGAGGGCUUUAAUUGAAUGCCCCAAGCAGUGUGAUUCUGGGUACAGGGAUUGAUGGUGUGAGCAACAGUGUGAGGUAUUGAGUGCGCUGGGGUAGUGGGCUGGGGGAGAAUGUGGUGGGAAUGAAUUGUGCUGUUGAGUGAAGGGGCAGCAAUGGCAUAGUGCAUGCAUUGUGGAAAUACAUCAGUGGAGUCUGCCGGGAUGCUGCAGUGCUCGGGUAUUGUUGACAGCCAGGAUGGCUGAGCUGGGCAAAGACGGAGACCCCCUUUCCUCCUGUGUGACAGAUCUGACAGCCCAUGGCUGUACAAGCACAACCUGUGUGUCGCUGAUCCUCUCUCACACACUUAGUCUUCCGCUGGUUUCUGCUGAGUGAGCGACUCUCAUUUUGAUGGCUCUGUCGCAGGAAUUCGGAAGCAGCUUGAGGUCACGACUUGAGGUUUCUGGUUGUUGCUGGAGACAAGUGCCGUAUAGGGUCUGGGUUCCAGAUGGGAAUAGGACUGUGAGCAACAUCGUUUCCAGAUGCAGGCAUGACAAAUGUCUGCUUUGGUGGGGCUGUCAAAACAUGUUCAAGACUCAGGAUAUGGAGCGUGAUGGGGAGUCUCUGCGUCUUGUGUUUGUAACUUCUGGUUUAAUGAUUGAAACUUAUGUACCUCUGGUUGUCGUACGAGGGCCAGUUGCCUGAUUUUUUUAAAAAAUCCAGAAUUUUGAAUGUAUUCAGCAUUGAUGGAGAUAUUGACGAUACUUGAGCAGUUUGUCCCGUGAGCUAGUGUUGUCUGUUGACCAUCUCGAGUCCUCUUCCCAAAGGCACUGGUGUCCAGGAUAGGCAGUAGCAUUUGUAAGAAAAGUAAAUCAAAUCUGAAUUUGAAGGGAACUGGAUGUCCGAUUGUAUUAUGUUCAUAUGUGCAAUGUGUCUUGACAGUUUUAUUUGGUAAUGAGGCUCCUGCACAGACUGAGUUGGAGGACAAUCUCCGUUCAAAUCCAAGUAGACUUGAGCCCAGACCACAUCUCUGCAAUUGUGGCACUCAGUUGAAAUGGGUUUGGAGCCUGAAACACACUACUGGGGCAUAAGAGGGGGCAUUUCAUUCCAGGGAUUUGCCUUCUGGUUGCUGCUGAUGCUCAGCAUCUGAAAUGGGCAUUGUUUGUCCCUCAUCAGUUAGCAUCUUUCCCUUUGCUGAGGUAUUCUUGGAUGGUCAGUGUGAAUAAAGCUCCUCUGGGAACACACACAAAUGCAAGACUCUGUGACAAUCACAGAUUAGUUCUUUGGAGAGUACACAGCUUUACCCAUCUUUAGGGUCCCUUGUUCUGGGAGAUUUGGCGCCUUCAUGCAAUCACUCAGCUGGUCUUUGCCUGUAAUGUCAUCCUGGGACAAGCGUUGACCUCUUGCUUGGGCUGGCAAUUGGAGCAAUAUCUAUCUGCAUUUAAAAACUGUGCAACAGAAGUUUUACCAGAAUAGUCUCCACUUACUUGGUGAGUGCUUAGUCCCUGUACAUUCUGUCACAACUCCUAUUCCAACCAAGUAAUUGUCAUAGCAUGAUUGUCCCAGAGGAUAGGGAAACGAUACCAAAAGACAUACAAGAUCUGGGUCACAUGUUUAAGUGUGAAACUAGGACACUGGUGCAGGAUGGGAGGAGAUUGCCUGCCAGCUGGUGCAUGACAUCCAGGAGAAUCAUUUUUGUGCAAUUGCCCAUUUUUAGUCCAAUUGGGGCAAUUUUGUUUUCUUAGCUUACUCUCAAUUUAGCAGUGAGAACGGGUGUCUGCUACCCAGUCCAUCACCUCUUCAUUGUGCACAGUUUGAGUUUCCCGGCUGGAUUUUUAAUGCUUUCUCCACAUCUUGGGGACAAGAGUUCUCAGCCUUCAGGCACAAUUCCUGCGACAGUAUUGAAUGUUACUUGAAGAAUUCCUUACAAAUCUCUGGGCUGGUCUUCAGCAGCUCAGACAAACCUUUCUCCCAUCUCUCCCGUUCACCAGAUGGUGGUACUACUUGUGCCUUUCACUGGGUUAUUGGUCAAUCCCAUCUCGGACACUGCACUUUGCCGCCUCAACAUGGGGUGAGCCGUAGCCUGUACUUGUACUGAAGCUUCACUUUGUACUUCAUGUGGAGUGUGGAUAUAGAUGGGUAUUCCCUCAACCACAUCCUCUGGUUGGUGGUGUGUCCAAUGCAUUGUGUCUAUGGGGAGAUAGUGCAGCACAUGUUAGCACCUGCUGAAUCACACCUCCCAGCCCUCGGUAUCUGUAAGAAUUGUGCUAUUCCUUAUUUUGGUUUUGACCCAAAUGAGUGCACCCUGUCUCUCACACAGCCCCACAUGCAUUGCUCAUUCUCAAUGUCCGGUGUGCAUCCUGCAGCCAGGAGAACUGAACCUUCCUGGGCUUGGAUUUAUUUGAGAAGUGCUGGUCAUGUUUCCCAGUGCAUAACCAUUGAUGAGUCGAUCAUCGAAAACCUGACUUAAGUCUGUCGAUCUGAGAUUGCAUUCAGUGUGCACCUUGCAUAUCGGAAGGUGAGAGACAAGUCAAGGGUAUUCCUUCUGUUCACGGGCCCUUUGUGUCUAGGUUGAAGGAAGGGUGGCCACAGUACAGCUGUGUGGUUGAGUAGCAUGUUGUAGAUUGUUUAUUCAUUGGAUUAUAAAUGUCACGUUGAUUUCACUUCGCACAGACAACAUUUUACCACCUCCUCCCAUCACCACACCGCACCUCAACACUAAAUAGUAACACAAUGAAAACCACCUUACUCUUUGUCUGAGUGCAAAGACGUGCAUGCUGUUUGUUAACUUAUUCCUUGGUUCAUUUGGUUUUUGUUCUUCACUAAUCCAUGUUAUGUCCCUUAGGCUAUCUGACCACUGCCAAUGUAGAGAGAGUGAUGGGAGCAGUUACUUGAUUAUGUCUCCAUUCUAUUGUUUAACUUUUCCUGUUGUACAAGCCCUUGACAAGCCACUACCAAUGCCCCUGUUCAACAGUCGGCCUCUGCUCAAUGCAGCACACUAACCUCUGCACUGUGGCAACUGUGAGUGCACUUUCUCUGUCUCUCCCCUCCCCUCUCUCAGACACGCACGCGCACACACACUCUCACUCUCUCUCUCUGCUCCUCUCUUUAACCCUCAACCACCCCAAAAAAAACAUACCAUGGUAACUGUACAGUUUUGUUCCUUGGACAUUCACAGACACCAAAGUUUCUUGUUGGAAGUUUCUGAUCGAACCCCUGGCAGAGAGAGAGAAACAGGGAUGCCAGGCAGUGGCCACUGAGGCCAAGAGUUAAUUCGUUUAUUGAUUUUCCUUUUUAUUUUCAUCUGAUUAGAAAAGGUGUUUUCUUAUUUAGAAAAGAGAUUUGAGAGACACCUUCAGAAAAGGUGGUUCAAAACGCUCUGCAGUAUGUAUCCAUCUGAGAUAAAUGAUAGCCCCGAAUGACAUUCAGUUUGAGAGAUUUUUCGAGGUGGGCAGUGAGAGAUUCCUCACCUCCUGAUUUUCUUUCUCCCCCCGCCACCUUGCUCUGUUGAGAUGGAGGAACUUCAUCAGGAAGCAACAGAUUAGACUAAGCAGUGGAAACACUGAGACUUGGUACAUUUGUUGAGCAUUUCUGGUCUCAGACGAGGCAGCUGCAGAUCACGGAGGAGGUGGUGGUGAGUCAGCCAGGGCUUCCCUGUCCUGAGUGCCGGUGUGGCCGAACAUGUGGCAGAGAGGAUGAGCAGAAAACGAGGCUGAACGAGGUGCAGUCUCAACCAACGUAUCGAAGGCAUGCGAAAAAUUGUCACAGAAGACAGUUGCCAAGGGUGGGUCAUCAUGUUGAGUCUGCAGAGGGCUGGUGGACACAUUUGUGGCAAUGUGUUGAAUGGCUACUGUGAGGCAUGUUCUGUGAUCUCGCGGUUGUGGAGAAUCUGGUUGAAGGAGCAGGUAAGUGAUGGUGGUUCUGAGGUGAUGAGGCAGAAGUAUCAUAAAUUGUGGUGGGGGCUGGAGGGGAAGGAUUGAAAAGCCAUUGGGAGACUUGGGGGAGGAGACUUAGAAGGGAACAGGGAAAGUGUAAUUUUCUUUUUGUACAACAACCGGUGUAUCUGCUCUUGCAUUAAUGUAAUAAUUCAAACCCUCCUCUCCCCACCCCGCCCCUUAACUGAAC